CAGCUUGAGUCACCCCCGUCCUGUAGAUUUUCUCACAGUUGGGGCAGAGAUGCCGGGCAAGGGAACACGCCGGGAAGAUGCGACCGAGCCCGGAACUUUCGCUAGUUUGCCCCUAAACAAGGAAGAGCUGAACUCGAAGAUUAAAGAACAAAAAGUUGUUGUGGAUGAACUUUCCAACUUGAAGAAAAACAGAAAAGUUUAUAAGCAGCAACCAAACAGCAACAUAUUCUUUCUUUCAGAUAGAACAGAAAUGCUCUCUGAAAGCAAAAAUACAUUAGAUGAGUUGAAAAAAGUCCACCAGGAAAUUGAAAAUACAGAAAAAAAUAAAAUCAAGAAAUAAGUUUGCUAAGUUCUACAUAAUGUGUGGCAUUUGUUGUUCAGUCACUUUAUCCAUUGAGCGUGAUAGGGAUGACCUUUUGCAUAAGAAUCUACUCCAUAAUCUUAAACGAAGAGGACCCAACAGUAGUCAACAGGUGUUAAAGACUGGUACUGAUUAUCAUUGUUUAUUUUCUGGUCAUGUCCUUCACUUAAGAGGCCUUUUGACUCCCCAGCCCAUUGAAGAUGAAAGAGGGAAUGUAUUCCUUUGGAAUGGAGAAAUCUUUAGUGGAAUAGAUGUGGCAGUAGAAGAGAAUGAUACUCAAAUUAUGUUUAAUCAUCUUUCCUCAUUUAAUAAUGAAUCUGAAAUUAUGUCACUUUUUUCAAGUGUCCAUGGUCCAUGGGCUUUUAUUUAUUAUCAGGCAUCUAGUCAUAGUGUAUGGUUUGGUAGGGAUUAUUUUGGUCGUCGUAGCUUGCUUUGGCAUUUUAGUAAUACAGGAAAUGGUUUCUGCCUUGCUUCAGUAGGUACCCAAGCUGCUGAGAUAGUAAACCAGUGGCAGGAAGUUCCAGCAUGUGGAAUUUUCAGAAUUGAUCUCAAGUCCUCUGCCCUUUCCAAACAUGUAGUUUUAAAAUUGUAUCCUUGGAAAUGCAUUUCUAGAGAGAAUAUAAUAGAAGAAGUUGUCAGGAGUCUUAAUCUGAUUUCAGAUAGUUUGCCACCAUUUGUAUCCAUUGAGAUAAAUGAAGCCAGACUUUGUCUUAAUACACCUGUUGCUCCACUAAAUAAAAGGUUGACACAAGGUUCAUUUGAUUCUCAUAGUCAUAGUUCCAGUAUCCCAGCUACAAUAGAAAAUCUUCAGAUUUUCCUUAGAGAUGAGCACAUGAAGAAACAGGUUCAUCAGUUAAUUCAUGUCUUAAGUGAAGCAGUAAAGAGACGAGUUUUAUGUUUAACCAGAACUGAAAGUCAGUACGUAAAUGAUGAAUUUUCUAAAACCUCUUCUAAGAAAGCAAAUAUUGCAAUACUUUUUUCUGGUGGCAUUGAUUCCAUGGUUAUCGCAAGCCUUGCUGAUCGCCACAUUCCUUUUGAUGAACCAAUUGAUCUUCUUAAUGUAGCUUUCAUGACUAAACCGACUAGGCAUACUGCUUUAACAAAAAAAAGUAGUAAGCCAAAAAAACAUCUUCAAACACCUUCUGAGGAAAACAUUAAAGGACUUGCUACCCCAACUGAUAAUGUUCAAGACCAAAAUUUUAAUGUGCCAGACAGGCUCACUGGCAGAGCAGGAUUAAAAGAAUUGAAAUCUCUAAAUCCUUUAAGAAUUUGGAACUUUGUAGAAGUUAAUGUUACUCUGGAAGAAUUACAAAGAAUGAGACAACACCGAAUAAACCAGUUAGUUCACCCCUUGGAUACAGUUUUGGAUGACAGCAUCGGUUGUGCGGUCUGGUUUGCUUCUAGAGGAAUUGGCUAUAUUACAAAAGAGGAUGAAAUGCAACUAUAUGAAAGUUCUGCAAAGGUAGUUCUUACUGGGAUUGGUGCAGAUGAACAGCUUGCAGGAUAUUCUCGUCAUCGUGUCCGUUUCAAUACACAUGGUCUAGAGGGUUUGAAUAAAGAACUAGAAAUGGAACUGGACCGAAUUUCGUCUAGAAAUCUUGGCCGUGAUGACAGGGUUAUAGGUGAUCAUGGAAAAGAGGCAAGGUUUCCUUUCCUUGAUGAAAAUGUUGUCUCCUUUCUAAAUUCUCUGUCCAUUUUGGAAAAGGCAGACUUGACUUUACCCCGCGGAAUUGGUGAGAAAUUGAUUUUGCGUCUUGCGGCUUUAGAACUUGGUCUUACUGCUUCUACUGUUCUACCAAAAAGAGCCAUGCAGUUUGGAUCUAAAAUUGCAAAAAUGGAAAAUAAUAAUGAAAAGGCCUCUGAGAAAUGUAGUCGACUCCAAGUGUUAUCAGAAUAACUCCAUGUUGAAUAAGAUAUUCAAGUUGGAAUGUACAUAUUACAUUUAUUGAAUUAUUACAUAAAAAUAAAAUAUUUUUCUAUUACUAUG